AGGAGGCGGAGGAGGAGGCAGAGGAGGAGGAAGAAGGAGGUGGUGAGGAGAACGUGAAGAUGCUGGUUUUCUAUUUACUGCUUUGGGCGGUGUUUUGGGUAUGUCACCAUCCGGUUCGCGCCGUGAAGGCGGUUGGAGCUGGGGUUCACUAUGCUUGGGGAAAGUUGAGGGUGUGCUCUGUCCGGAUGCGUCGAAAAUUCAGGGGGUCUGCUACUCAGUCGGUGCAAAGCUCUGAACAGGCGACGGAAGAUGCAUCGUCCAGAGAAGCAGACUAGUCCGUACCUUGUCCUGAACGGCCCUUAGGGAACAUCGGAUGGAGAGAAGUUUGGCCUUUCGGCGUCAAUGCGCCUAAGACUGUUUGAGGAAUCGCCAAGGACUCUUAGAGGAAUCGCCAAGGUAAUCGAACAGUUAAGCUAAGCCUGUAGUCACGUGGCCAUGUACUCUCAUUGUAGCCGCAUAAAAAGGCGCGAAUUAUGUCGAUGACUUGCUCACCG